GGUGGGGAUGCCAGCCAAGCGCCAGGCGGUCACCAACCCCCACAACACCUUCUACGCCACCAAGCGCCUCAUCGGCCGCCGCUUCGACGACUCUGAAGUGAAGAAGGACAUUAAGAACGUCCCAUUUAAGAUUGUCCGUGCCUCCAAUGGAGAUGCCUGGGUGGAGGCUCAUGGGAAGCUCUACUCUCCCAGCCAGAUCGGUGCCUUUGUCCUCAUGAAGAUGAAGGAGACUGCAGAAAAUUACCUGGGACACGCAGCAAAGAAUGCCGUAAUCACAGUCCCUGCUUACUUCAAUGAUUCUCAGAGACAGGCUACCAAAGAUGCUGGGCAGAUUGCUGGCUUGAAUGUCCUGAGGGUGAUUAAUGAACCCACAGCAGCUGCACUUGCCUAUGGGCUGGACAAGUCUGAAGACAAAGUCAUCGCAGUCUAUGACCUGGGUGGUGGCACUUUUGAUAUCUCUGUGUUGGAAAUCCAGAAGGGAGUCUUCGAGGUGAAGUCCACCAACGGUGACACAUUCUUGGGUGGAGAAGAUUUUGACCAGGCUUUGCUACAGUAUAUUGUGAAAGAGUUCAAGAGGGAGACGGGAGUUGAUCUGACUAAAGACAACAUGGCCCUUCAGAGGGUGAGAGAAGCGUCAGAGAAAGCCAAGUGUGAGCUUUCAUCAUCUGUGCAGACUGACAUCAACCUGCCCUACCUGACCAUGGACGCCUCUGGACCAAAGCACUUGAACAUGAAGCUGAGUCGGGCGCAGUUUGAGGGCAUCGUGGCUGACCUGAUCAAGAGGACAGUGGCCCCCUGCCAGAAAGCCAUGCAGGAUGCUGAAGUCAGCAAAAGUGACAUUGGGGAAGUCAUCCUGGUCGGUGGCAUGACCAGAAUGCCAAAGGUGCAGCAGACUGUGCAGGAACUGUUUGGCCGUGCUCCGAGCAAAGCGGUCAAUCCUGACGAGGCUGUGGCCAUUGGAGCAGCCAUCCAAGGUGGGGUGUUGGCUGGUGAUGUGACAGAUGUGCUGCUGCUGGAUGUAACUCCCCUCUCCCUGGGCAUUGAGACUCUGGGAGGUGUCUUCACAAAGCUCAUCAACAGGAAUACCACCAUCCCCACCAAGAAGAGCCAGGUAUUUUCUACAGCUGCUGAUGGGCAAACACAAGUGGAGAUCAAAGUGUGCCAGGGAGAGAGAGAGAUGGCCAGUGACAACAAGCUGCUUGGCCAGUUCACAUUGGUCGGGAUCCCUCCAGCACCACGGGGAGUGCCCCAGAUCGAGGUCACCUUCGACAUCGACGCCAACGGCAUCGUGCACGUGUCAGCCAAGGACAAGGGCACCGGGCGGGAGCAGCAGAUUGUUAUCCAGUCCUCUGGCGGCCUCAGCAAAGAUGAAAUUGAGAACAUGGUGAAGAACGCAGAGAAAUACGCAGAGGAGGACAGGCGGAGAAAGGAACGUGUGGAGGCCGUGAACAUGGCCGAGGGCAUCAUCCAUGACACGGAGUCCAAGAUGGAAGAAUUCAAGGAUCAGCUGCCAGCAGAUGAGUGCAACAAAUUAAAGGAAGAAAUUGCUAAAAUGAGAGAACUUCUGGCUCGUAAAGAUAGUGAAACAGGAGAGAACAUCAGGCAGGCAGCAACCAGCCUGCAGCAGGCUUCCCUGAAACUCUUUGAGAUGGCAUACAAGAAGAUGGCCUCGGAGCGAGAGGGUUCUGGAAGUCCAGGAGAUCAGAAAGAAGAGAAGCAAUAAGGAGACUCUGUCUUGCCUUGACGAGAGAAUGAUGAAGAGGUCGAUUUUCUUGAUGCUUGGGAGAGAAGGGACCUUCCUGAGCAGCAAGGGGCAGAAUUCAGACUUACUGUGUUUUUGCAGUAUUCUAUAUAUAAAAUUCUUCAAUGUAUAAACUUAGUGAUGUGUCUGCUAGAUAAAUUGUCACUUGAUGAAAGUUAAUUCAUGCCAGACAAAGUUAGGAGUUUGGCCCUGGUGUGUUCCCCUGAGCACCUGGGGACUGGCUGAUCAUUUAAUACUUGACACAAUGGUGUAGUAAAUCCGAGAUCCAAGCUUGGAAACCAUGUCAUGAAAUUGGAGGGUGGAGAUGGGAAUGUCUGGGAAUGGGGAGGAGAAUAAGGCCUGCAUGGCCCCUCCAUGUGGGUCUGAGGAGCUGGGGGCAGGUGGAGGCCUGUGAGCAGCAGGGGCAAGGCUAGGACUUCGCUGGAGACCAUUUAGCCCUGAGCUAGGCUGGUACCUUUGUUCUGAAGGAAAGGGGCUACUUCAAACUCAGCUGUAACAUUAUUUCUUACAAAAGAGGCAGUGUGGAAGUUCAAUACUUUGCUUGUCUGAGCCUUCUGCUCCAUCCUGUGUCUGUUCUCUGCUUAUGGUAAAACAAUUUCCUUGAUAAUAAAACUGUUACUGGAUCCAUUCUGGAUUUUUUUAAAAUAAAAGCAGAAAAGUGUCCAAUGUGGA